AUGGGCAUAUAUCAGGUGAAAGUCGUCUUUACGUCAUUCAUAAUGAUAUUGACUUCUGUUAGACAUAUAGACGCUUUGUUUUGUGAUUUUGGUGGCCCAAGCAGUUCAAUAAGGACAAAUGCUCUGGUUGCGUGCCACUUAAACAUGGAAAUCUAUAGCGUCGCAAGUGUGUCAUGCCCACACCAAGUAGGAGACAUGGAAUAUAUUUGGCAUCCUAGUCCAACCUUGGAUGCGCCAGAUCAAAUGAAUGCAUACGUUAGUGGUUAUGACGCUUUACGGUCUGUUGCCAUUGCGAAUAUCCUGCACUCCGAAUCCGAUAUUCAACCCAUACUACUUGAAUCUAUUCGAUCGCAAAAUAUUAUACACGUUGACGUACCCAAAUCUGAAUUCAUUGCCAUUACAGAGCAGCGUCUGAUAUUCAUUUGUGGGCCAAGACAUAUGGUUCUGAGUGAUGCAUUCCAGCGUCACCUAGACCGACUCGAUGAUGCUGUCGAAAUUCAAACCUUCCAUCGUCAUUCAUCUAGCCCAUUGGGUCAGGAUGUUGCCAACAUGGGGUACGGCAUGGGUGUUUUUUACCUGAACAGAGGACGUGCUCACCUACCCCUUCAAGGCUGCGGUAGCCGCCCUUCACCACUGUUCGCUGCGGAUAAUGAGGUGACGGUAGAUUCCAACACAGGCGUACGAUCGUGCGUUGCCAAUCCUAUGUCAAUAUCGCCCAUAGGAUUUGUUUGCGAAGGUCGUAUUCAACCUGAGGAAUGCAUGAGGUCCCUCUUUGAUCAGAAGGGAGAAGUCGUGGCUACCCCUGAACCACACAAAUAUUGGAAUUUUGAUAACCAUAGGCCUUGGGUGAUCGCACAGUAUUUUGAUAAAUUAGCAUUGCCACCCAUUAAAGGCGAAUGCAGAUGUAUCGACCCAGAAACAGGCGAUACAAAAGCCACAAUAGUAGUCCGUUCAAAGACUGACUACGUGUGUGACAUCUCCAGCAAGAUCUUCCGUGAUCGUCACCGGUCUAUCAUUGGCCCGUGGUGUUCGGUUGUACUCCAUCCUGGCAGCACUUUGACCAUAAAGGUGCCAACGCAGCCCGUAAAACCCAUUCUUAUGGGAGAUUAUUACGACAGAGAUAUCGAUGAAGAUGUUUCAGGUGUGCCAUUUUCUCAACUGCCGUCCGCCUAUGAAUACGAAACCGAAUUUCUGCCGAAUAACUUGGCUACUCUGCGGCAACUGAAAUCGAUUCAUGACAUUGAUGAUUACAAGGAAACCAUGUACAGCACAUCCCUUGCUGGUGAUGCUCUUGAGUUGGAUGUCUCCCUAAUGAAUAGAGGAGAGGUGACGCUGAAAUACAAUCAGGAUAAACCUCUCACAAUGCGGUUGGGACCAAACUCGUUCUUGUUUCAUUGGACUUUGAUAGCAAGAAACAAAAAUGUGCCAGAUAAGAUACGCGCGAUCGUAAAUGUGGCCUUGGCGUUCACGCAUCAUUACCAGGCUGUUGGUUGCGAUCGUGGAAGCCAACGCCUGUUUGCUCCCUACGUUACCAAGAAGUAUUGUGUAACGAAACGUUGGGGUAAUGGUAUUGGAGAAACGUACGAGUGCACGUACAACAGAAAGCUGACCGUUUCGUGGGCUGGAAUCCACUGCAGUCCCGAUGAGGAGCUGUUGCCAGCAAACUGUGACUCCACUGGAUAUGAUCUCUACUCGAACAGUAUUAUAGGAUUCCCUGUGUCAGUGCACCACGCUACCGCCAUACGUAUGCCAGGUUUUCAAAUGUUAGGGUUUAAAAACCAAAAUUCACCCGCCAGCUACGCCUGCGUCUGUGUUGACGCACGUGGCUACGAAAAGUCCAGGCUUAUUUUGGAGUCAAGCAGCUCUGAGCAGCGUAUGUACAUAGUGAAUCGUGAAGAGGCUAUCGAUAAUUUCGUCUAUCAUAUGUUGCUGCCUUGGCAUGAAGCUGAAUUAUCAAGUGAGGAAACAUCAGUCAAAUAUCUCGUGUUAAACUCCGUAUCUCAGGAAUCAGUUGUCCUCGGCGUAGGUAAAACGUUGUUCACACGCUGUACUAUUGAACAAGGAGCUUACGAAGACGUAAAUGGCGAUAAUAUACGGCCGAUGUGGUUGCCAGCGUCCUAUAGAAAUUCCCAUUAUACAAUAAGGCAGACAGCAGCCGGGCCGGAGCUCGUUCUUGCAUCACACAGAGAUUCAAUUACCACUACACCGGGUGGCUUCGAAGUCUUCCCAAUGUUUUCAUCACCAAGCAACUACGAGUUAGGCAUUAAAUCGCAUAAAGGUGCCGCUCUUAUAUCUAAAGAUCCAGACAACACGAAAUAUGUGCCGAUAACAUUCGUAUGCGGCAAAGUGCCUGAAACGUCUGAUGUAUCCGUGGUCACCGGUGAUGUGUUACCUUCAGGUGGAUAUGCUAUGAGCAAUAAUCUUCACAUUGGAUCAUCACAACGAUAUAAGUGGCACGUAGUUGAAGUUGCUGUCGAGACCACUGACCCUUACAUGCAAGGGUGCGGUGUUACCUACGAGUCCGCUGAGUUGUUCAAGCCAGAGACAACCAAAAUCCACGAUGCGGACGGACAAGAAAUGGGUUGCGAAAUCGACAUUGAGACUGCUAAAGAAGCCGCUUUCUACUGCCCCGCGCCGUACGUCCUGGACCCACCCAAUUGCUUCGACCAGGUCUACGUCAAUGGUGAAGUGAAGAACCUAACCGAAAUAAGCAAGUCGCUGAUUGCAUCAGCAUCCAAUCACUUCGUUACCUUGCUAUUCGACAGUGCUCGUAUAGGACCCGGGGAGACCCUGCACCAGACCCCGCCGUUGGAGUGCCGGUGCGUCACCACCAAGGGUAUCGUCCUAUCCACCAUCCAGAUCGAGAACUACUACUCCAAGUAA